AUGAUUCAAGUGCUGCAGAUUGUAAAGGAUCUGGUGUCGCCAGCAAGACGGAGAACAGAUGCUGCUAAGAAAGGUGCAGAUGCCGAGCAGGAUGCUGCUAUCAAACUUGCCCAAGAACGAGCAGAGAUAGUUGCCAAGUAUGACAGAGGACGGGAGGGUGCACAGAUUGAACCAUGGGAAGAUGCUGACUAUCGUCUUUAUAAAGUCACAGAUAGAUUUGGGUUUCUACAUCCAGAGGAGCUUCCUGUCCAUGAUGCAGCUAUAGAAAAGCAAAAGCACCUUGAAAUUGAAAGAACUACAAAAUGGCUUAAGAUGCUGAAAAGCUGGGAAAAAUACAAGAAUAGUGAAAAG